AUGCAGGCCUGCAGAGCCACGUCAGCAGCUCCCAGCAUCUUCAUGCCGGCUCUCGUUCGAUCGGUGGAUGGGCGGAGGGAGAUGGUGUGCGUGGAUGGGGGCAUGGUCGCCAACAACCCUAUGGUUCUGAUGGGGUGUGGCAUGGCCUGUAUUUUGCAGACUGUAGCAGCGUUCCUUCACAUCGUUGCCAACCCGUCCACCUUCAAACCUCCUGGAGAAAACAACGAAAAUGGUGCACACAACGGGGCAAGCACCAGUGCAAGCAAUGGUGCGAGCGGCAGUACAAGCAGCACUGCAAAAAACGCUCCAAGCAACAAUGCAGACACUAACGAGGAUGGGGAAACGGGAGGUGGGGAAAUCAAGGCAUCAGCAACAGCACCUGUUUCUGCACUUCACGCCUCGUCUUCGGCACCUGCCGCUGAUGCAGAUUGGCUUUCACAGGCAACAGCAGCAGCGGGCACGAGUGCAGGGAAUUCGCGAGGAGAGAUCUCACCUGCAGCAGCAAUGGCUGGUGCAGCGUCUGCUGAUGCGAGCUGUUUGCUGGCUGGAGACGUGCAAGAGGCAGCAGAUCUGAGUGCGAGCCCGCUUCUUCAUGAUGCUGAGAAAGGAAAGGGAGGAGCAGAGAGAGAAGGAGAAAGAGGGGAAGCAGCGGGCAGCAGUGAGUCGUGUGAGGAGCCUCUGUCUCGAGCUCGGCUGACAUUCCGAGAUGUGGUGGUGCUGUCUCUGGGAGCAGGCGAGCACAUGCGGCGAUACUCUAUUGAUGAGGUGAAGAAGUGGGGACUGAUUGGGUGGGCAGAGCCGAUGGUGGAUGUGAUGGUGUGGGGAGGAGGCAACAUGGUGCAUGCUCAGAUGUGCCUGCUGGCUCUGGCAGAUGGGGCCAUAGACAACUACACUCGCAUUGAGGUGAGUGUGGGUGCCUUUGACGCGCCUCACGGGGGAGGCAACAUUGUGCAUGCUCAGAUCUGCCUUCUUUCUCUGGCGGAUGGGGCAAUAGACAGCUACACACGCAUUGAGGUGAAUGGAGUGAGCAUUGAGCAGUGGAGUGGGAAGCUCAUCCGAGGUGCCCCACAGGGCAGCAUGGUGCAUGCGGAAAUCGCACGCAUGUCCUGCCAGUUGGCUGCUCCCAUCAACAUGGGAGGUGUGCAAUCCCUGCCGUCCAUCUCGACCAGGAUGGACAACACAUCACGGAGGAACAUCCAGCUGCUGCAGCGAGUGGCAGAGGACGCUCUUAAAGCCCACGGCAACGUCGUCCCCUCGCUGGCGGGGGAGGUCUGCCAGCUGGCGCCCACCAAUGAGGAGCGCCUCGCUGCGCUGGCGGAUAGGCUCGUGGCGGAGUACAGGUGGCGGCGUGGGAUUGGAGGCUGA